UGGUGGUGGACUCGAUGACGCGGUUCGGCCCGCGACGGCUGGGGCCCAUAUAGAAGUGCGUCGCGACGCGGCCGUCAGUUUUGUCUCGCUGCCCUCCGGAUAUCGUCGUUCAGCAUCAUGAGAUUCCUUUUUUUUAUCCUCGCCAUUACGCCCGCGCUAGGAACGGAAUUCCAAAGCUAUAUCCGGGAACGAAGACAAAAUCACCAAGCUAAUUACCGAAAUUACAAUCAACCGCCGGCGUCGAUUAGGCAGAUAUUGGCGGCUCAGCAGGCUCGCGAUCCGAUCGUACAUCUUCCACCGCAGCCGAUACCGAAUCUGGGACCUAGCAAACCUAUCGAGCCUCAAUAUAUAAAUCAGGCCCAGCUGACUCAGUAUCGGCCGAAAGUACAGAUCGGUCAACAACCUGCGCAGCCGACCUACAAGCAGAUUCCCGUAAGACCAGCUCAAUACAAUCCACCGGCCUCCGCUCAACAGCAAUACAAUUCACCGGCCCCCGCUCAACAGCAAUACAAUCCGCAAUACCGCACUAAUUACGCGCCGCAGCCACAGCCGCAGCCGCAGCAGCAAAUCACCCAAUCUAAUUAUCAAUAUUCCAGGAAUCUGCCACCGCAACUUCAGCAGCUUGUGCAGAUCCAGCAGAACUUGCCUAACGCGAUUCCGCAGGGUCAACAUCAUGGAUAAUUGUCCGUCUCAGUUAAAAUAUCAAAGCGAUGAUAUCAAUAUUGUUAUAUAUUGACAUCAAUAUUGUAUGGUAUUGUUACACUUUCAGAUCAUAUCAUUUUUUAUCAUAUCCAUUUUACUCAUUUGUCAAUUCAUCAACACGUUUGUAAUCAUCGAUAGUGAAAUGCAAAAUGAGGGAUACGUAUUUUAUUUUUAGGUUUUAUUUGCCCUCGUAAAAAUUUUUUAUAAUGAUAUGUGCGUCAAACUACGUUAUGAUAGGUACAUUAAAUAUAAAUUUAACAAUUUCUUUAUCUUAAUAAUUAUAGAAAAAGAGGGUCAAUGUAAAGAAAUUAUUUUUCCGUAUAUAUUCAAUCUUUAUUGGUGAUUCCUUGAUUCGACAUGUUCUCAUGUUCAUUUCAUUUCAUUUUCAUUUUAUAUCAUUUUAUUUGUUUCAUAAUUACAUUGAUAUUCUCAUAAAUUGAUAUGUAAAUUGUAAAAUACAUCAAGUAAAAAAAAAUUAUGGGAAAAAAAGUCUGUGUAAUGAAACUUAUUCGAUUUUCUCGACUUCAAAAAUUA